AUGGCAGGCGAGAGGGCCGAAUACGGCGGGAUUGCCGGUGGACAAGAAUUAAUUUAUCAUUUCCAAGAAGACAGCGAUGAUCUUGGGGUUGAGAAGGAGUAUGAGGAGAACGAGCCCAACUCUCUUAGGCUCCGAAAUUUUGUAGAGGACGAGCUGUAUCAGUCUGACGGACAAAUGCAGUAUAGAGGGGAGGACGAAAUGAGGCUUCGGUAUGGGCGCAAGAAGAAGGAGAAGAGAAAGAAGAAGAAGAAUGAUGAAAACAAAAGGCCAUCGAAUAGGAAGAUAGUGAAUCUUCCUGCGUCUCCUCCUUAUGUACGGUUUGUAGACGGAGAGGAAAGACUAUGCUUCAAGUAUGUAACGAAGGUCAGCGAGUCGGCACGUGAUGCGAUGCCCAAGACAGAUCUGGAGGAUAAUGAGUUCUGUGUAAGAUUUGAUCUUGACAGCGUGGACAUCAGCAAAUUGAACGAAAAGUUCAAAGCAGACAACUGUGUGUAUCCCAGGGCAAAUCUCCCCUAUGAGAUGUAUACUGGAAACAGAUGGGGAUUUGAGACGGAAUGCAACCGACUGGCAUGGCAGUUUGUUUCGUUGAAUCCUGUUCUUCUGUAUGGAAAGAAGGGACUUAUCCAGAGAGCCGUCGACUCUUACAGAACAAUCAACAAGCAGAGCAGAAAUAAGAGGAUUGUCAAGGAAGAUCGGUUUCCUAGCGACAUUGAGAAGAGGAAGCAUGUUUCUGGAGCACCCUCGACGAUCACGAUUCAAUGGACCAACAGAGGGAUUUUGAAAAAAUGUAAAAUCCAAGUUAACAUCGAAAACAUAAACUAUGGGAAGAUCGACGAUGAAUUCAAGUCGAGGUUUUCUGUAUUUAUGGACGAUUUUGAUGACAAGUCGUUUGGGAAGAGCAAGUGGGAAAGCCACAACGUAGAUAACGAGCUUGCAGUAAAGAUAGCUUUUCUCAAUGUUGAGAACACGUCGUUUUGGAAUGCCAUCAAGGCGCUUGAUAAGACAACUGUGCUCAAGAAGGCAAUUGAAGCAUAUAAACAAAAGAGAGAUGAGUAUGCAAGCUCCGAUGAUGACACCGAGAUGUCUGAUGUUAUUGCAAGCGCGCUUGGGAGCAGUCUGGGAAACUCAAAGAGCUGUAAUGUUGAGAAUUUUUAUUUUGAUAAUUAG